AAAUUUUGUAGUUCCUCUCAAGUGAAGUCUCAAAACUCGCCUCACAUGAGUAUGAGCACUGACUCCGUGGUAUUCACGUGGCUCGCCGUCGGACUCGGACAUGAGCCUGUUGUUAGAAAUGCCAGUGGUUUCAUGUUAUUCGAUUUCUAUUUUUUCUAUUUUCAAUUAUUUUUUCAAUUUAUUUUCACUUUUUCAAAGUUGGUUUGCAAUGGUAAUGAUAAUGGUAGGAACUCACAGCUGUCAGCAUUUAACUUUUGAGUAUUUUUAAGAGGCCUAGUUAUCAUUUGGUUAUUGUCCAUUGUGUACAAAAUUUCAGAUAGAUCUCUUUGGAGUAUAAGAGUACUGGAGUACUGUAUAUACAGUAUGCUAUAUAAACUUCACUGAUGGAACACUACAAAAAAUUGAACAGCAGACCAGUUGUUGAAGACCCAAAGGAACCGUGGGAUGUUUAUGUUGGUAGUGGAAGCAAAGUCAAAGCUGUCAUCAGCAAAGCAUUGAAAAUAUUAAAUGAGAAUGGAGAAAAGGUAGUAUUAAUUGGAUUUGGCCCCACAUUGAACAAAGCUAUAACAUGUGUGGAGAUAAUAAAAAGAAAAGAACAGGACCUUCAUCAGAAUAACAAGCUAUUUUACAAAAAAAUGGAAGAUACAUGGGAACCAAACCAAGAGGGCUUAGACAGGUUAACUGUAUCAAGAAAUGUUCCAGCCAUCAAAAUAGUUUUAUCAAGGAUCCCUCUUAAUGUGAAUGAACCAGGAUAUCAAGCUCCUGUGAGUGUUUCAAAAAAGAAGACUUUGGAUUAUCGCAAACAAAGGGCAGGUUAUUCGGCCAAAGGAAACAAAGAAACUACUGAAAAGAAACAUGGUGCAGAGACCCGCCAAAGAAACGAACAUAUGUCAAAAACAAAACGUUUUAAAUCUUCACAACAUUGAAUAAACCAUUCAUGUGAUAGAAAUAUUGCAUAACAAGGAAUAAAUGAAGACGCAUAGUCACGCUGAACAUUGCCACCAAAAGAUCCGAUACAGCAAGCGUUGCAACGAAAUACUUAUUCGCAUUGUGGAGGCGUUUAUCCAGAUAAGUGGCUGUCAAAACCAGUAGAUUUCCAGCUAA